AUUUCUCUCAUUUUCUCGCCUUUUCCUUUCUCUAUAAAAAUACCACUCCUCAGUUCUCCCAGUCAGAAUCUCUCUCUCUCUCUCUCUUGGUAUGCGAUCGCAUCCAAAACCCUGAAAUUCGAUAGCAAAACCUUAAGAAAAAGCUACCGAUACAUCUCGGAACUCAAUUGCUACGAUCCGAUCUUUGUGAGAACAACAGAUAAGAAAAAAGCCCUACUAUUUUUCCUUAAUUUAUCAUUUUCUCCAAUUCCGUCGAAUCUCCGUCAUUCGAUCGUUGUCGAUCAGUUCUCGUCGCGGAGGAUUGAUCGAUUCCCUAUUGCGAUUUCGAUUCGUGCAAUGCUUUCAAUUUCAAGAUGAAGUUGAAGCGGAGGAGGGCACUAGAAGUGCCUCCAAAAAUUAGAUCCUUCAUCAAUGGUGUUACAUCUACUCCGCUUGAGAAUAUAGAAGAACCCCUAAAAUGUUUUAUUUGGGAGUUCGAUAAGGGAGAUUUCCAUCAUUGGGUUGAUCUUUUUAAUCAUUUUGAUUCGUUUUUUGAGAAGCACAUAAAGCCAAGGAAGGAUUUGCAGGUUGAGGAUAACUUUUUAGAAUCUGAUCCUCCCUUCCCAAGAGAAGCUGUUCUUCAAAUUCUCCGUGUCAUAAGAAUAAUUUUGGAGAACUGCACAAAUAAGCAUUUCUAUAGUUCAUAUGAACAGCAUCUUUCAGCUCUGCUUGCUUCUACGGACGCAGAUGUGGUUGAGGCUUGUCUUCAAACUUUAGCAGCUUUCUUGAAGAAAUCAAUUGGAAAAUACCCCAUAAGGGAUGCUUCUUUAAAUUCAAAGUUAUUUGCUUUUGCACAAGGUUGGGGAAAGGAAGAAGGCCUUGGAUUAAUUGCAUGCAGUGUACAAGAUGGGUGUGAUCAAAUUGCUUAUGACUUAGGUUGUACUCUCCAUUUUGAGUUCUAUGCAGUGAAUGAGCCAUCAAAUGGACAACCAGGUUCUGAGAAAUCUGCCCAAGGUUUACAAAUAAUUCAUUUGCCUAAUAUUAAUACUUGUCAAGAGACUGAUCUUGAGCUUUUGAAUAAGUUAGUUAUAGAGUAUGAAGUACCCACUAGUUUAAGAUUUUCUCUUCUGACAAGAUUGCGGUUCGCAAGGGCAUUUGGCUCUUUAGCUGCUCGCCAGCAGUACACAUGCAUUCGCCUCUAUGCCUUUAUGGUUCUUGUUCAAUCAGGCAGUGAUGCUGAUGACUUGGCUUCCUUUUUUACUGCUGUGCCAGAGGUGACCAAUGAAUUGGUAUCAUUAUUGAGCUAUGAAGAUGCCAUUCCUAUAAAAAUUCGAAUUCUGAGUCUGUUAUCAUUGGCUGCUCUUUGUCAAGAUCGGUCUCGCCAGCCAUCUGUAUUGAAUGCUGUAACAUCUGGUGGGCAUCGAGGCAUCUUACCCAGUCUUAUGCAGAAAGCCAUUGAUUCUGUUAUAAGUAAUAAUUCAAAGUGGUCUGUUGUGUUCGCUGAGGCUCUAUUAUCUGUUGUUACUGCUUUGGUCUCAUCAUCAUCAGGUUGCUCAGCCAUGCGUGAGGCAGGAUUCAUACCAACUCUUCUCCCUCUUCUUAAAGACACAGAGCCCCAACACUUGCAUUUGGUCAGCACAGCUGUACAUAUUCUAGAAGCUUUUAUGGAUUACAGUAAUCCAGCUGCUGCAUUGUUCAGAGAUUUGGGGGGUUUGGAUGAUACCAUUUCUCGCCUGAAAGUAGAAGUAUCUCAUGUGGAAAAUUGUUCAAAGCAGCCAGGUGAUGAUUCCGAUGGUAGCAGGAAGCAAACUCAACUAGUUUCUGGUACUUCUACUGAGUUGGAUGACAUACAGCCUCUUUAUUCUGAGGCAUUGGUCGCCUAUCACCGUCGUUUACUAAUGAAAGCUUUACUAAGGGCCAUAUCUCUUGGAACCUAUGCCCCUGGAAGUACCACUCGUAUUUAUGGUUCUGAGGAGAGUUUGUUGCCUCAUUGCUUAUGCAUUAUUUUUAGAAGAGCCAAAGAUUUUGGUGGGGGGGUGUUUUCGCUUGCGGCAACCGUCAUGAGUGAUCUCAUUCACAAAGACCCUACCUGUUUUCCUGUCUUAGAUGCGGCUGGUCUCCCUUCUGCCUUCAUGGAUGCUAUAAUGGAUGGCAUUCUCUGCUCUGCUGAAGCCAUAGCAUGCAUACCUCAGUGCUUGGAUGCCUUAUGCCUGAAUAACAAUGGCCUUCAGGCUGUGAAAGAUCGCAAUGCUUUGAGGUGCUUUGUGAUAUUUACUUCCAGGACAUAUUUGCGUGCCCUGACUGGUGAUACUCCAGGAUCCUUGUCCAGUGGACUGGAUGAACUAAUGCGCCAUGCUUCCUCAUUGCGUGGACCUGGAGUGGACAUGCUGAUUGAGAUCUUGAAUGCCAUUUCAAAGAUAGGAUCUGGGGCUGAAUCUCCUCCAUCAUCCAGUGAUUCUAUGUGUCCUUCUACUCCGAUUCCCAUGGAAACCGAUGCUGAAGACAGGAAUUUGGUUGCAUCAGAUGAUAAGGAAUCAUCCAAGAUGGAAAGCUCUGAGCAGGCCAUGGAGCCCUCUUCUGAUGCUUCAUUGGCUAAUAUUGAAUCUUUCCUUCCAGAAUGCAUAAGCAAUGCUGCUCGUCUUCUUGAAACAAUUCUUCAAAAUGCUGAUACAUGCCGCAUUUUUGUUGAGAAGAAGGGAAUUGAAGCUGUUCUGCAGUUAUUUACUUUGCCUUUAAUGCCUCUUUCAGUGUCAGUAGGUCAGAGUAUCUCUGUUGCCUUCAGGAACUUCUCACCACAGCAUUCUGCUUCCCUGGCUAGGGCUGUGUGUUUAUUCCUGAGAGAACAUUUGAAGUUAACAAAUGAACUCUUACUUUCAGUUGGGGGAGCCCAGCUUGCUGAAGUAGAAAAUGCAAAGCAAACAAAAGUUUUGAAAUGUCUUGCUUCUCUUGAAGGUAUUCUAUCUCUUUCCAAUUUUCUAUUGAAGGGAACUACCACUGUGGUCUCUGAAUUGGGUACUGCAGAUGCUGAUGUAUUGAAAGACCUUGGCAAAGUAUACAGAGAAAUACUGUGGCAAAUAUCUUUAUGCUGUGAUUCCAAGGUGGAUGAAAAGAAGAAUGUUGAUCUAGAACCUGAAGGCACAGAUUCAGCAACAUCUAAUGCUGCUGGAAGAGAGAGUGAUGAUGAUGGCAUUCCUGUGGUCAGACACAUGAACCCUGUUUCUGUUAGGAGUACUUCUCAUCCUCAGUGGGGUGGAGAACGUCAGUUUCUUUCGAUGGUUCGUUCUGGUGAAGGAUUAAACCGUCGGAGUCGACAUGGAUUGACACGCAUACGGGGUGGAAGAACUGGCCGUCAUCUGGAGGCAUUAAACUUUGAUUCAGAAGCUUCUGCCAAUAUGCCAGAAACAUCUUCCCAGGAUUUAAAAAAGAAGAGCCCUGAUGUCCUUGUCUCAGAAAAUCUUAAUAAACUAGCUUCCACUUUGCGUUCUUUCUUCACAGCUCUUGUAAAGGGUUUCACAUCUCCAAACCGUCGUAGAGCUGACUCAGGGACUUUGAGUUCAGCUUCAAAGAGCCUGGGGACUGCACUGGCUAAGGUAUUCCUUGAGGCACUUAGUUUCUCAGGGUAUUCUAGCUCAAAUGGGCUUGAUUUGUCACUCUCUGUGAAGUGCCGAUAUCUUGGAAAGGUUGUGGAUGACAUAGCAGUUCUCACGUUUGAUGGCAGGCGGCGUACCUGUUACACAGCAAUGGUUAAUAACUUUUAUGUCCAUGGAACCUUCAAGGAGCUACUCACAACAUUUGAAGCUACAAGUCAGUUGUUAUGGACCCUUCCUUACUCUGUUCCAACUCAAGGCAUUGAUAAUGAAAAAGUGGGUGAAGGAAGCAAAUUAUCUCACAGUUCAUGGCUGCUUGAUACUUUACAAAGUUAUUGUCGUGCCCUUGAGUAUUUUAUCAAUUCUGCAUUGCUUUUAUCUCCAAACUCUGCAUCCCAGGCACAGCUACUUGUUCAGCCUGUUGCUGUUGGGUUGUCCAUUGGGUUGUUCCCUGUUCCGAGGGACCCAGAAGCUUUUGUUCGUAUGCUUCAGUCUCAGGUUCUGGAUGUAAUGCUUCCUGUCUGGAACCACCCCAUGUUCCCAAGUUGUAGUUCAACUUUCAUCACUUCCAUUAUUUCACUUGUUACUCAUAUAUACUCUGGUGUUGGGGAUGUUAAGCGAAAUCGCAAUGGUGGAAGCACAAAUCAACUUUUCAUGCCCCCUCCUCCUGAUGAAAAUACUAUAGCUACCAUAGUCGAGAUGGGUUUUACAAGGGCAAGAGCUGAGGAAGCGCUGAGAAGGGUGGAAACAAAUAGUGUUGAACUGGCCAUGGAAUGGCUGUUUAGUCGUCCUGAAGAUCCUGUGCAGGAGGAUGAUGAACUGGCUCGGGCACUUGCUUUGUCACUAGGAAGUUCUUCAGAAACAUCUAAAGUGGAUAGCAUUGAUAAGUCAAUGGACAUUCUGACUGAAGAGGGACAAACAAAGGCACCGCCUGUUGAUGAUAUCCUUGUUGCAUCGAUGAAGUUGUUUCAGAGUAGUGAUACAAUGGCAUUCCCAUUGACAGAUUUGCUUGUGACUCUUUGCAAUCGGAGCAAAGGAGAAGAUCGAUCAAAGGUGGUCACUUAUCUUAUUCAGCAGCUAAAGCUUUGUCCACUGGAAUUUUCAAAGGAUGCUAGUGCACUGUAUAUGAUAUCACAUAUUUUAGCAUUGCUUCUGUUUGAAGAUGGAAGUACACGAGAAAUUGCUGCACGUAAUGGUAUUGUUUCUGCUGCAAUUGAUAUUUCGAUGAGCUUCAAGGCUAGAAAUGAAUUCGGGAAUGAGGUUCUAGUCCCAAAAUGCAUAAGUGCUCUACUGCUUAUCUUGGAUAACUUGUUGCAGUCCCGUUCUAGAUUUUCUUCUGAAACUACGGAAGGAAAUGCAGUAGGAUCUGUACCUGACUCGACUGGAGAGCAUGCUCCUUUGUCCAUUCCACCAGAUGCAGAAAACAAGUUGGCUUCUGAUGCCCAUGAGAAGGAACCUGAUUCCACCCUUGAGAAAAUAUUAGGCAAAUCUACUGGUUAUUUGACAAUUGAAGAGAGUCGUAGGGUAUUGUUAGUUACUUGUGAAUUGUUAAAACAGCAAGUUCCUGCUGUGGUCAUGCAGGCUGUUCUACAGCUGUGUGCUCGCCUAACAAAAACACAUUCUCUAGCCUUGGAGUUCCUUGAAAAUGGAGGUAUGGCUGCUCUUUUCAGUCUUCCAAGAAGCUGCUUCUUUCCUGGAUAUGACACGGUAGCAUCUGCUAUCAUUCGGCAUCUCCUUGAAGAUCCGCAGACACUUCAAACAGCUAUGGAGUUGGAGAUACGACAAACUCUAAGUGGAAGCCGGCAUGCUGGCCGUGUGCUCCCUCGAGCCUUUUUAACAUCAAUGGCACCGGUUAUCUCUAGAGAUCCUGUGGUUUUCAUGAAAGCUGCAGCUGCAGUUUGUCAGUUGGAAUCAUCAGGAGGGAGGACUGUCAUCGUGUUAUCAAAGGAAAAAGAAAAGGACAAACCAAAAUCCUCCAGUGUUGAACUUGGUUUAUCUUCUAAUGAAUGUGUGCGGAUUCACGAAAAUAAGAUACAUGAUGGACCAGGAAAGUGUCCUAAAGGCCACAAAAAGAUCCCUGCGAAUCUCACUCAAGUUAUUGAUCUUCUUCUUGAAAUUGUACUGAAAUACCCUGCUCCAAAAAGCCCAGAAGAUGGUACAGGUUACUCAACUGCUAUGGAGGUGGAUGAACCUACUACCAAGGUAAAGGGUAAAUCAAAGGUUGAUGAGACUAAGAAGAUUGAGUCGGACAAUCUUUCUGAACGAUCUGCAGGACUUGCUAAGGUAACUUUUGUUCUGAAGUUAUUAAGUGAUAUUCUUCUGAUGUAUGUACAUUCAGUUGGGGUUAUAUUAAGAAGGGAUCUGGAAAUGUCUCAACUUCGAGGAUCUAGUCAAUUAGAUAUUCCUGGAAAUGGUGGGAUUCUUCAUCAUAUUCUGCAUCGGCUUCUUCCACUAUCUGUAGAUAAAACUGCAGGGCCUGAUGAAUGGAGGGACAAAUUGUCCGAAAAAGCUUCAUGGUUUCUGGUUGUUCUAUGCAGCCGUUCUACUGAAGGGCGAAGGCGAGUAAUCAGUGAACUUGUUAAAGCAUUAUCUUCAUUUUCAAACCUGGAGUGCAAUUCUUCGAAGAGCAUUUUAUUGCCAGAUAAAAAGGUUUUUGCUUUUUCCGACUUGGUAUACUCUAUUUUGUCAAAAAAUUCAUCCUCAAGCAACUUACCUGGAUCUGGCUGUUCACCCGACAUAGCAAAAAGCAUGAUAGAUGGAGGAAUGGUUCAGUGCCUAACUAGCAUUCUUGAGGUGAUUGAUUUGGACCAUCCUGAUGCUCCCAAAAUUUCAAAUCUUAUAGUCAAGUCUUUGGAAAGCCUGACAAGAGCUGCUAAUAACAGUGAUCAAGUUUUCAAGUCUGAUGGUCUGAACAAGAAAAAAUCCACAGCUUCAAAUGGAAGAUCUGAUGAUCAGUUGAUUGCACCAUUGGCUGCAGAGACUGGUGGGGAUAAUCAGAAUAGAAGCAGCCAACAGGAACUCAUGGAUGCAGCAGGAACAGAGCAGCGACAGCCUCAAGGAAUUUCACAAAGCGAAGGAAAUCAUGAUGCAAAUCAGGAUCAGUCAGUGGAGCAAGAAAUGAGAAUAGAAGUGGAAGAGGCUAUGACUGCCAACCCACCUAUGGAGCUUGGGAUGGAUUUCAUGCGUGAAGAAAUGGAUGAAGGUGGAGUUUUGCACAACACAGACCAAAUUGAGAUGACUUAUCAUGUAGAGAAUAGGGCAGAUGAUGAUAUGGGUGAUGAAGAUGAUGACAUGGGGGAUGAUGGAGAGGAUGAUGAGGAUGAUGAUGAUGGGGAGGACGAGGAUGAGGAUAUAGCAGAAGAUGGUGCUGGUCUUAUGUCUCUGGCGGACACUGAUGUUGAAGAUCAUGAUGAUGGUGGUCUGGGAGAUGAUUAUAAUGAUGAGAUGGUUGAUGAAGAGGAUGAUGAUUUCCAUGAAAAUCGUGUCAUAGAGGUGAGGUGGAGGGAAGCGCUUCAUGGAUUAGAUCAUUUACAAGUACUUGGGCAGCCAGGGGCUGCAAGUGGACUAAUUGAAGUUGCUGCUGAACCCUUUGAGGUGAAUGUGGAUGAUCUUUUAAGCUUUCGCAGGCCUUUAGGGUUUGAACGCCGCCGUCAGACAGGUAGAACAUCCUUUGAGCGAUCUGUUACAGAAAUAAAUGGUUUUCAGCAUCCUCUCCUCUUGAGACCAUCCCAGUCUGGAGAUCUGGUUUCAAUGUGGUCAUCAGGUACAAACUCGUCGAGGGAUUUAGAAGCAUUGUCUGCCGGAAAUUUUGAUGUUGCUCAUUUCUACAUGUUUGAUGCUCCGGUUCUUCCUUACGAUCAUAUGCCAACUAGUCUCUUUGGUGACCGUUUGGGUGGGGCUGCUCCCCCACCUUUGACUGAUUAUUCUAUAGGUAUGGACUCGUUUCAGAUGGUGGGAAGAAGGGGGCCAGGUGAUGGUCGGUGGACUGAUGAUGGGCAGCCACAAGGGAGUAGUCAGGCUACCAUUAUCGCACAAGCAGUAGAGGAGCAUUUCAUAUCUCAAUUACGCAGUAUUGCUCCAGCAAACACUCAUGCUGAAAGGCAAACCCAGAGUUCAGGACUUCAGCAUAAUCAACAAUUGGAUGCUCCCCUGUCUAAUGAUAGUCAACCGGCAGAAGGGGGAGAUAAUACUGGAAGUCAAAGAAGUGAAGGGCAGCAUGAAGAAAACAGUAAUGAAACUGCAAAUCAUCAAAUUAGUCAAACAGUUGAAACUGUUUCCUGUCAAGAACAUGUCGCCUUGGAGGCUGUUGAAGAAGCAGGCGAGUGCUUAGAGGCACAUGAACCUAUGUCAAUUCAGUCACUUGUGCCAAAUGAGACACCAAAUGUGCAUGAUGGCAUGGAAAUUAGUGAUGGAAAUGGCACUUCCAGUGAGCCGGUGGAGAGAAUGCCAGAGUUGGUUACUUUAUCUGCAGACUUGCAUGGUGAUCAGCAAUGCCCAGGAGGUCCUGAAAUGCUUGCAAAUCUGCACGGUUCACCAAUUGAGCCUGGGAAUUCUGAUAGAUCUUCAGGAAUGGAUGAUGAGUCCAAUAAUCGUGAGAUGGUGAAUUCUGGUUUAGAAAUCCCUAAUGCAGGUGAUGGUCAUGCUAAUACUCUUCAUGCUAGCGCUGAUGUUGAUAUGAAUGGUGCCAGCACUGAAGAUCAAACUGAGCAAAUUGGGCCUGCUUCUGAAUAUGGUACGGAUGAGCCACAAUCAAGGCAAAACACUCUGGUUUCUGUAAAUGCUGAUCAGACAGAUCAAAAUAGUAUGAAUAGUGAAGCUCCUAGUGCAAAUGCUAUCGAUCCAACCUUCUUGGAGGCAUUACCUGAAGAUUUACGGGCAGAAGUUCUGGCUUCCCAGCAAGCUCAGCCUGUUCAAGCUCCAACUUAUGCACCGCCUUCUGGAGAAGAUAUUGAUCCUGAAUUUUUAGCUGCUCUCCCCCCAGAUAUCCAGGCAGAAGUUUUGGCUCAGCAAAGAGCACAGAGGGUGGCACAGCAGGCUGAAGGACAACCAGUGGACAUGGACAAUGCUUCAAUCAUAGCUACUUUUCCUGCUGAAUUGCGUGAAGAGGUACUUUUGACGUCUUCUGAAGCUGUCUUGUCUGCUUUACCGUCUCCAUUAAUCGCUGAAGCUCAAAUGCUCAGGGACAGAGCAAUGAGUCAUUACCAGGCUCGCAGCCUUUUUGGGACUAGCCACAGGCUUAAUAAUAGGAGGAAUGGUUUGGGGUUUGAUAGACAGACAGUGAUAGACAGAGGUGUUGGGGUUUCAUUUCAUCGAAAAGCUGCUUCUGCUAUUUCAGACAGCUUAAAGGUGAAGGAAAUUGAUGGCGAGCCACUUUUGGGUGCAAAUGCAUUGAAAGCACUGAUCCGGCUCCUUCGACUGGCACAGCCUCUUGGUAAAGGCCUUCUGCAGAGACUCUUGUUGAACCUAUGUGUGCAUAGUGGUACAAGGGCCAUUCUUGUUCGUCUUUUGCUCGAUAUGAUCAAACCUGAGGCUGAGGGAUCAAUCAGGGAAUUGGCAACAGUUAAUUCUCAAAGGCUUUAUGGUUGUCAGUCCAAUGUUGUGUAUGGACGAUCACAGUUGUUGGAUGGUCUUCCUCCUGUGGUGUUGCGUCGAGUUAUUGAGAUUUUGACCUAUUUAGCAACAAAUCAUCCUGUGGUUGCAAACCUUUUGUUCUACUUUGAUCCAUCAUCUGUUGUUGAGUCUUCAAGUCCAAAAUACACAGAAACCAAGAAGGAUAAAUGCAAGGAGAAAAUUGUUGAAGGAGGAGUUUCACCGAAUCCUUCAGGUAGUUCUCAGCAAGGGGAUGUUCCCCUGAUACUAUUCCUGAAGCUCUUGGAUCGACCAAUAUCUUUACAAAGCAUUGCUCAUCUUGAUCAGGUCAUGAACCUGCUUCAAGUGGUUGUUAAUAGUGCAGCUUCAAAGUUAGAGUGUCAGACUCAGUCUGAACAGGCAACAGAUGAUUCCCAAAAUUUGCCUGCCAAUGAAGCAUCGGGUGAUCCCACUCUGUUAGAACAAAAUUCUAAUCAGGAAGAUAAAGGUCACUCUGCUGAGUUGUCCACUUCAGAUGGAAAGAAAUGCAUCAAUACAUAUGAUAUCUUCUUGCAGCUCCCACAGUCCGAUUUGCACAACCUCUGUAGUCUUCUUGGCUAUGAAGGGCUUCCGGAUAAAGUUUACAAAUUUGCUGGCGAGGUGCUGAAGAAGUUGGCCUCAGUUGCUGUUCCCCAUCGGAAGUUCUUUACUUCUGAGCUCUCAGAUUUAGCUCAUCAUUUGAGUAGUUCAGCUGUCAGUGAGCUUGUUACCCUGAGGAAUACACACAUGCUUGGUCUGAGUGCUGCCUCCAUGGCUGGGGCUGCCAUCUUACGCGUGUUACAAGUGCUUAGUUCACUCAAUUCGCCAAACAUUGAUGGGAAUAAGGGUAUGGAGAGUGAUGGGGAACCAGAGGAGCAAACCAUUAUGUGGAAAUUGAAUGUUGCACUUGAACCCUUGUGGCAAGAACUGAGUGACUGUAUAAGCACGACUGAGACACAGCUUGGGAACAGCUCUUUCUCUCCAACUAUGUCAAAUGUUAAUAUUGGUGAGCAUGUACAGGGUACCUCAUCUUUAUCACCUCCUCUUCCUCCCGGAACCCAAAGGCUCCUGCCCUUCAUUGAGGCCUUCUUUGUUUUGUGUGAAAAACUACAAGCAAACCAUUCUGUCAUGCAUCAAGAUCAUGCCAAUAUAACUGCAAGAGAAGUGAAAGAGUUCGCUGGGAGUUCAGCUCCAUUAUCCACAAAAUAUGGAGGGGAUUCUCAGAGAAGGCUUGAUGGUUCUGUCACUUUUGUAAGGUUUGCUGAGAAGCACCGCCGGCUGUUAAAUGCUUUUAUCAGACAGAAUCCAGGCUUGUUGGAGAAAUCACUUUCGUUGGUGCUGAAAGCACCAAGGCUGAUUGAUUUUGACAAUAAAAGAGCAUAUUUCCGCUCAAGAAUCAGGCAACAGCAUGAGCAACACCUCUCUGGUUCACUGCGGAUUAGUGUCCGGCGAGCAUAUGUGUUAGAGGACUCAUACAAUCAGUUGCGCUUGCGACCAACUCAGGAAUUAAAGGGGCGUUUGAAUGUGCAGUUUCAAGGUGAAGAGGGUAUUGAUGCUGGUGGUCUGACGAGAGAAUGGUAUCAAUUGCUGUCAAGAGUCAUAUUUGACAAAGGAGCUUUACUUUUCACCACUGUGGGAAACAACUCAACAUUCCAGCCAAACCCCAAUUCAGUCUACCAGACUGAACACCUUUCCUACUUUAAAUUUGUGGGUCGAGUGGUUGCAAAGGCGCUAUUUGAUGGUCAACUUUUGGAUGUUUAUUUCACUCGGUCGUUUUACAAGCAUAUUCUUGGUGUGAAGGUGACUUACCAUGAUAUAGAGGCUGUUGAUCCUGAUUACUACAAGAAUUUGAAGUGGAUGCUGGAGAAUGAUGUGAGUUGCAUACCUGAAAUGACAUUUAGCAUGGAUCCAGAUGAGGAAAAACACAUUCUUUAUGAGAAAACUGAGGUUACCGAUUAUGAGCUUAAACCUGGAGGAAGGAAUAUAAGGGUCACAGAAGAAACAAAGCAUGAGUAUAUAGACCUUGUUGCUGAGCAUAUCUUGACAAAUGCUAUUCGUCCUCAAAUCAAUUCCUUCCUUGAAGGCUUCAAUGAAUUGGUUCCACGAGAACUUAUUUCUAUUUUCAAUGAUAAAGAACUUGAGCUGCUUAUUAGUGGACUCCCAGAAAUUGAUUUGGAUGAUCUGAAGGCCAACACUGAGUACACAGGGUACACUGCAGCAUCUAGUGUUGUUCAGUGGUUUUGGGAGGUGGUUAAAGCUUUCAACAAGGAAGACAUGGCAAGACUGCUGCAAUUUGUUACUGGAACAUCAAAGGUUCCAUUGGAUGGUUUUAAAGCAUUGCAAGGUAUAUCUGGGCCUCAAAAAUUUCAAAUCCACAAGGCAUAUGGAGCUCCAGAGCGGCUGCCAUCAGCUCAUACCUGCUUCAAUCAACUAGACCUCCCUGAGUAUUCUUCCAAGGAGCAGCUUCAAGAGCGCUUGCUGCUUGCUAUCCAUGAAGCUAGUGAAGGGUUUGGCUUCGGUUAACUAAAGUUCUUGAUGCCCUUGCCACAGCUAUUCCUGCAGUCAAUCUUCAACUUGUCUAUGUACAUAUACCGAUCAAACUAAUUUGGGUCAAAUACAAUGCAAUAAUUUUGAAGAAAUGUCGGGAAUUUCCUUAAUAUGACAAGUAGAGAGGGAAGAACAUCCCAAUUUGGGCAAAAGUUAAGCAAAGCCAUUAAGCUUUAAGCAUUAAUCCACCCUCAAAAUGAGACAUGAAAAUGAAUUGAGGGUGUGGGGUCUGCAGCAACAAGUUUGGCCUGGGAACUGUAUUUAUUUUUUCGGUUUCAUGGCAGCCCUUGACAAAUGAUCUGCAGUGCAUACAGAAUCUCACAAGACGCAAAGUCUUGUUCAUUGUUCAUACAUAAUAUUAUUAUUGUUAUCUUCCUUUUUGUAAUAUUUUUUUUAAUACCACCUGUCUUUUACCAGCCAUUUUUGGCUUUUGGAUUAGCCCUACUAUUUGCCAACUAAAUUUGCAAUCCAAAGUUGAUAUGAGUUUUAUUUAUUCA